UCGGGGAUCAGCUGACCCAAAGCCUCCGCCGACGUCGACGUCGGCUCAGCCCGGCCGUCGUCCUUCCUUUCGUGGGCUGACUACUUCCUGAAACGUUUUGGUCCUUGUCGAAGGGCCCCAAAAGAGGAGAAACUCGUUGUUGUGCGCGACUGUUGAUCCGAGUUGCCCGGGAAGGAUGCCGUCGUUGCUCUUCUGCGGCCCCAAGAUGGCCGCGUGCGGCAUCGUCAUCAGCAUCUGGGGCGUCAUCAUGUUGGCGAUGCUGGGAAUCUUCUUUAGCGCCAAGUCGGCCGUGCUCAUCGAGGACGUCCCGUUUACCGAGGACGACAUCCGCAACGAUCAACACCCUCCCCAGAACAUCUACGGUCUGUACAGCCAAGUGGGCAUCAACUGCUUCAUCGCGGCCGCCGUCUACGUGGCGGUGGGCGCCGUGUCGCUGUGCCAGGUUCGACUCAACAAGCGGCAGGAGUACAUGGUGACCUGAGAUGGCCCCGCUCCAGCCGACUGGCCGCCGCGCCCUGUAAUUUAUUUCCAGUUUAAACGUUCCGUGUUGAUGUAGUCAUUCCUCAACGUGUUUUCUGCAUGUCGAAAUGUGUGACAGGAAGUGCCGAUGUCAAAAUAAAAGACGUGACGUGC